AACCACGUUACACACUGACGUGUAUGUACCGUUCAGAUGUGAUAAUUUGUUUUCAUUCAAUGUUGAACCGGGUAGCAAUGAUGAAACGAGGAAUUAACUCGCAUUAAUUUGAAGAAAGUCAUAAAAUUGAAACCAAUUCGAGCUCAUCCUUGCUUAAGUUACCAUGAAUCUGUUUAGCUUUAUCUUAUUUGGAGUGUUGGUGGUAUUCUGUAGAGGCUCGCAGAACAAAACGCAAUUCAUUGCCACGGAUGAAUGGCAAGAAAUCGAAGAUGGUCAAGCCAUUCCACAAGGAUUGCAUGUUAGAAUAAACUUACAAACCGGAAAGAAGGAGGCGAAGCUUCUGGAAAAGAGUGACAAUGACACACAGUCAGCUGCUUCGUUAUCGACCGUACCCGGUGAAGGGUUGCAGGACCACGGCGGUGGUGGCGCCGCUCUGCCAUACGAAAACAUCAACAAACUGAAAGAGGCCUUGGAGAACAUUCCCGGUGAUGAUUUCAAGUUCAACGAAGAAGAACUGAAGAAGGUCAAGGCCAAGUUCAAAACCUACGACGAAAUCAAACAGGAACUGAAGGAAGUCAAUAUGGAAGUGAAGAGCGAUAGUGAUAUCAUGAGUACCUUAUUCGAACGUUUCGAAGUGAUAUCCAAGUCCAAGGAUCUAGCUGAGACAGCCGUCAAGGCUGAGUUAGACGUGUUAUUCGAAGACUUGCUAUAUCUGACCCACCAAAUCGAUAAUGCCAAUGAAUUUAUCGAUCGACAGGGAAUCGAAAAGAUCAUUUGGCCGAGCUUGAAUCAAACCGAGUCAAUGUUAAAGAUACAUGGACUCAAACUUCUCGGCACUAUUGUUCAGAAUAAUCCGAAGGCUAAGGUUGCAUUGUUCGAACGCAAUGGCGGUAGUGUUCUGCUUACAAAACUAUCUCAAUCGACGAAAUCUGAGGAAAUUUCCGCCGGAUUGUAUGCUUUCGGUAGUUUGGUGCGAAAGUUUCCAUACGCGCAAAAUGAGCUUCUUAACCCACAUGGGUACAGUUUACUCUUCGGCGUAUUGAACAAAAACAUCGAACUACGGGUGAAGGUCAAGGUCAUCAAGCUAGUCGCAGACAUGGUGCUCGACUACGAGAACGCCUUGGCUGGUAAAGAAGUUGAUGCAACCACCCGGGAGCGGUACGAAUCUACCAAUCUAAAAGAGGGUCUGCUCAAAGCAAACUACUGUAAUCGGGUCGGGGAGUUCUUCCAUCAAAACAAGGCCGGCUUUGUACAGGAUGAGGCUCUCACAGACGAUUGUGUGGGAGCGAUGCGAAGCGUUCGGAGUGGACUCUGUCAGGACGCGUGGUCGCAGUGUCCGCUUUUCAGACACACGUUACUGGUGUUGAGGAACAACUUGGACACGCGGUUGGACGAAUGGGCCGGCGAGAAGGACGGGCGGGAUUAUCUGACUGAGAUCCAGCAGACGAUAGAUCAGUUCGUGGGUGAGCUGUACCCGAUAACAAAGCCAAAGGAUGAGCUGUGAAUUUGUAGUCAUAGGUAGUUGGUUGUGGUACCCCGCUGCUUUACCAUUGAAGAAAUGGGAGUUACGUUUGAGUAAUAAAUAAUUAAAUACCCAUUUAAA